UUAGAAACUAGGUCACGGUCGAGAACAGGGGUCACCAAGGGUCAUGCUAUCUCGGUACGCAAAAAAAGGGCAGUACGCAAACGAUCAGCUGAGAGACCGGACUAUUUUUAAACCGCGCCUACACUCGAAAACCAUUAUUCGCUUGUGAAAUCGCCGUUACAAAAACCCGGAAAUAAAAUUAAUUGUUUAGUGAAUUCUAAAACUUGUUUAGUGAAUUCUAAAGCAACAAAUUUUAAAAAUAGUCAGCAUUCAAAGAAUAUUCGAUCCGUUUGCAAAUCUACAUUGUGCAAGAUGCCGAAAGCCGCGAAAGGACACGAUUGCAUUGCAUGCGAUCGCAAGAAUAGUGCGUCGAAUAUGGUGCAGUGCGAUAAGUGCAACGGAUGGAGCCAUUUCGACUGUGCAAAUGUUUCGUGGAGCGUAAAAAACGAAAAGUGGUCAUGUGAAAAGUGCAAAGCCGCGGAAAAGGUCGACGAGUAUCAUGCUGAAGGUGAAAGUAAAAUGGUGCCCGGCAGUAAGCCUCAAGCUAGCUGCGAUUUGGUUCAUCAAGAAGAAACCAAAGCAGCCCAUGGCGAUGGCGAUCAGGAGCCGACAAGGAAGCCAAUCCACACCGAGCAGCAGGAAGCGACCGGGCGAGAAUCCGAGCAACGAGCACCAGAACGUGGAUCGCGCCACGCAGUUAGUGAAAUGUCGAGAAGUUCAUCCAAAUGCACGUUGAUGAAGCUUCUGACCGAGCAAAAUGAAACGGUGAAGCGUCUCCUCGCGGAAAAGGAAAAGAUGAUGGCCGACCAUUUGAAGCUGCAGAUGGACUUGCAGCGUAGAAUGGACGAACUCGAGAAACGGUCCAAUCGGAGCGAUGGAAAAAGUGCCUCUGAAAUCUCAUCGGUCGUUAGAGGUGAGAUGAAGACCGCGAAUUGGGUGCAAAAGCAAAAUGCGUACUUACCACAUGCCGCUAGCAGCUGGGAGCCCCAAGCAACUAUGCAGGAACACCUUACACCUUCGACGAGUAACCAAGAAAGGUACAGUGAUAUGGUGAGAGACAAGUUGCACAGAGAGAGGACAGUGAACUGUCUGAGACCAACUGCAGAUCAGAUUGCAGCCAGACAAGCAUGGCCACGAAAAUUACCUGCGUUUAGCGGAACGCCUAGGGACUGGCCACGAUUUUAUAAUAGCUACGUGGAGUCAACAGCAGCAUGUGGAUUUUCAAACGUGGAAAAUCUAGCUAGACUGGAAGAGUGUUUGUUUGGCGCAGCACGGGAUGUGGUUGAAGGCUGGUUGGAUUCACCUUCAUCCGUGCCGUUAGUAAUUAAAACCCUCCAGCGUCUGUUUGGCAAACCAUCCCUCGUGGUUACGGAUAUGGUGCAGAAAAUCCGACAAGUGCAUCCACCUAGACCCGAACGCUUGGACGACUUAAUUACAUUUGGGUUGGCUGUUCAACACUUAUGCAGCCAGCUUAGUUCCGAUGACCGAAAGCACUACUUAGCUAAUCACGAGUUGCUGGAAGAGCUUGUCGAUAAGCUACCAGCGUCAAGGCAGUUGGAUUGGGCCACAUACAAACGAGCAAUCCAAGCCAAACGCCAAAUAGAGCCUACGCUAUAUGAAUUUGGCCUAUUCAUGGAAGACCUGGUAGAAAAGGCUAGCGAUGUAACUAAGUACAUUCCUCCUAAAUCCAGCACGUCAAGGCCUGCAAGGAAUCAUGACCGUUCGCACGUCUUCCUACAUGCACCAGCAACCAACAGCAUCGAACAAGACAGGAAUACCAGUCCUUCAAGCUUCACCUCAAGUGCUAGAAACCAACCACAAGGUCCAGAGAGAGUUUCCUAUGGGACAGGUGAAUGUCUAGUCUGCCACGAUCCAGCACAUCGCGUUAAACACUGCGAUAGCUUUAAACGCAUGAGCCUUGAAGCACGACAAGCUACCGUGAGGAAAUUCAAACUGUGCUAUGUAUGUUUGGGAAUGCAUGCGUCCAAUCUAUGCAGAUCCAGAUACGUCUGCCAAGUUUCGGGUUGUCGAGAACGACACCACACGCUACUUCACGAGGGUCCACCAGAUUCCACACCCACGUAUACAACGGCACAGUAACCGUCGAAACCUUGGCGUUCCUGGAUGAAGGAUCGUCUCUCACACUGGUGGAAGCAGCGUUAGCGGAACAACUUGGGCUGAAAGGGGAUCCGGAUCCGCUAGAGCUUCAUUGGACUUCCGACGUCAAAAGGAAUGAAGCUACUUCUCGUCGCGUCAGUCUGCAGAUCUCGGCAAAAGGGGGUGAGCGGCGCUAUUCAAUAGCGGCCGCUCACACUAUCAACAAGCUAAGUCUUCCACCACAAAACCCAAAUUUAAAACAUCUGAUAAGAAACCUUUACUACUUGCAGGACAUUCCACUUCUCACCGUCGACCACCCCGUUCCACAAGUGCUCAUCGGGUUAGCAGACGUAGAAUUGCUAAAACCGCUGGAAACACGUUCGGGGCAGCCUGGAGAGCCGAUCGCCGUUCGCAGUGCGCUAGGGUGGGCCAUUUAUGGAACGAUAAAUGCAAGUAAUAAGGAGAGAUGUCAAAGCGCUCAUUAUCACAACACCCAUCUGAUUGAGGAUAGCCACCGAUCCUCCAGCAACAAAGAAAACAAUGAUCAAGAACUGAACGAGACCAUGCGGCAGUACUUUGCGUUAGAGGAAAGUGCUGUGUGUUCCUUUAACAAGUUCCUGUCAGAACCUGAAGAUGUGCGUAGGGCAAAAAUAAUAUUAGAAACCACUACAACUAAGUGCAAUGGCCGUUACACUACGGGCUUGUUGUGGAAAAGCGAUGAUUUCCGUUUUCCAGACAGUAAACCGAUGGCGAUGGCAAGGCUUCGAUCCCUCGAGAGAAAGUUAGAAAAGGACCCAGACCUGAAAGAAAACGUACAUAAUCAGAUACGAUUGUAUGUUGAAAAGGGUUUCGCACAUAGGGCAGAGGAGUCUGAGUUGAACUCGGUCGAACAAAAAAGGGUCUGGUACUUACCGCUCAAUGUAGUUGGGCAUCCCCGAAAACCAGAUAAAAAGCGUUUAGUGUGGGAUGCAGCAGCCAAAGUAAGAGGAGUAUCGUUGAACUCGGAGCUGUUGAAAGGGCCCGACCUGUUAGUGCAGCUGCCCACCGUUCUUUGCAAAUUCCGCCAACGCCUGGUGGCAUUUGGGGGAGACAUUGAGAAAAUGUUCCACCAAAUCCGUAUAAGAGAAGAGGACAAGCACUCACAAAGAUUCCUCUUUCGUUUCGAUCCAAACCAUGAACCACAAACCUACAUCAUGGAUGUCGCAACAUUUGGAGCUUCUUGUUCUCCAUGCUCAGCCCAGUAUAUAAUGCACCGAAAUGCGGAAGAACAUGCCAACAUAUAUCCAGAAGCGGCAGCCGCUAUCAAACAAAGCACAUACAUGGACGACUACUUCGAUAGUUGCGACACGUUGGAAGAGGCAAUUAAUAGGGCAAAACAAGUACGGCACAUUCAUGCGCAGGCUGGAUUCAAUAUGAGAAACUGGGUGAGCAACAACAAUGCUGUCCUCGAAGGUCUGGAAGAAUCAACGAGCGAUCGUGAUCUGUUUAUAAACUUCGGUCAAGAGGGUAAGCACCCACGCGUGCUUGGAAUAAUAUGGGACCCCGUAUCAGACUCAUUCAAAUUUUCUGCAAACUGGCAUGAAGAGCUGAAACCAUACAUUGAUGGCACCAAGAAGCCUACUAAGCGCAUAGUUCUGCGAAUCAUCAUGAGUCUGUUUGACCCAUUGGGACUUGUGGCGCCAGUGCUCAUCCAUGGCAGAAUGAUGAUGCAAGAUCUCUGGCGUGAUAACCUAAAAUGGGAUGAUGAACUAAAUGAAACACAGUAUAACAAGUUUAAACGAUGGACGGCACUACUUCCCAGUAUCCAUUCCCUAAGAAUCCCGCGAUGCUACUUUGGAGUGAACGCGUCAAACACACAUGCUCCCCUACAAUUGCACAUUUUUACCGACGCUAGUGAGUUGGGGUACGGCUGUGCGGCCUACUUUAGAAAAGAGACUCCUAGCGGUAUACGUUGUGCGCUGGUUAUGGCACGAAGUAAAGUAGCCCCCUUACAACACCUGACGAUCCCCAAGCUAGAAUUACAGGCAGCGCUACUGGGCGCAAGACUAAAACGCAUGGUAUGCGACAGCCACGACCUGGAAAUUAAAGCCACGUACUUCCACACAGAUUCUGAAGUAGUGCUUUCGUGGAUCAGAACACCUACCCAUGAGCUAAAGCAGUUUGUAGCAUGUCGAGUAGGCGAAAUAUUGUCACUAUCAGACUCAAAGGAAUGGAGACACGUCCCUACUAAAGAAAAC